UCCAUACCAGGAAGCCACCGCAUCUCAUACAGCCUGUAACCACCACAUUAAUUAGCUUUAUGCAUUGCAUCCCACUCUCUCUAUAAAACAAUUCCCAUUCCAAUUCUUUUCUCACCACCACCGCCACCCUCUUCGCCACCAUGCCCGGCCCUGUAACCGGCCUCAACGCCCCGCCGGCCUCGCGCAUCCGACGUCCCAAGCUCCUGCGAUGCAUCGCCAUCACCGCCGUCGUCCUCCUUAUUCUCGCCGGCCUCGCCAUCCUUAUCUUCUGGCUCGUCGUCCGACCAGCCCCGCUCGGGUACUCGGUAGACGACGCCAGCAUCCACGGCUUCAACCUCACCGCCAAUCAGCUGAGCGCAAGCUUCAACCUGACUCUACGUGCCGACAACCCCAACCACCGGGUCGGGGUGUACUACGACUCCAUCGACGUUGCCGUGUGGUGCUCCGACCAGUUGGUGGCCUUCUCCGGGGUGGCGCCGUUCUACCAGGGCCACCGGAACGUGACGACCAUCGAGGUCGAUCCUGUCGCCAAGUCGGUGCCGCUGCUGACGUCGGUGGCGGAUAAUAUUAAGCACGACCGGUCGGCGGGGGUGGUGGAGCUGGAGGUGAGGGUGAGAGCGAGCAUUAGGUUCAAGGUGGGGCUGGCGAAGACGAAGCACUACACGCUGACGGCCGACUGCUCGCCGGUGGUGGUGCACCUCUCGAAGUCAGCUCGUUUUCAGAGGACUUACUGUGAUGUCGAUAUCUGAGUGAUUGCGGAGGUUUCAGGGUGGUGCAUGCAUGGCAUGGAGUUUCUAUUGGUAGUGAGAGCAAGAGUUAAUCAUUGGGAUUGAUUGUUAUUUGGGUAGAAAAUUUGAACUUUCUUUCUUCUUUUUUGGAUUGAACGAUUUUUUUUUUUUUUUUUUUUAACGUGUUUGUUGCUUAUAUGUAACAUGUUUUAAUGGUUGCAUAUGAUCUUGUUUCUCA